AAUAAGUACACGGAAGUCAACAAGAACAAUUUCCACGAUAGCGUUUUUAUUGUUGUUAUUUCGACGUUUAUAAACACCCUGGAACCUAAAAUAUGAUUCAUCUAACUGCACAGCAUCACAUACUUACCAUAUGUAGUGUUUAAUUGGCGUUGGAGACAGGACUUGGUUGGUUGAUAGAUGUUAUCUAGGUAACGCUACCUAGCUAUCUGCUAACGUCAGCUAACCAUGGCUAACUGUAUGGUUUUUCACACUCAAUUAGCCUCCAUCAUGGAGGUUCUAGCGAAUGCAGCUGUGGCAGAGAUCUGUAAACUCGUAGACGACGACUAUGCAGUGUUUCGUUUGGAAAUAACUCAAAGCCAGAAAGAAAACAGGGCAUUGCGGAGGAAACUACUGGAACUGAAGGUGGCUCGGGAGCGCGCAGAGAGGACAGUGCGAGAGCGCGUCCUCGCCAGUCGACCCAGUAGUGUCAAGAUCCUCGACCGAUACAGAGGAAUGGCAAGAGGUGAAGGACAUCUCACUGGAGGCCACAGGAGCUUUGUGAAGCCAGCAGGGCACAACACAUGGAAAGACGACCAACAAAUCACUGUUGAUGAGAGGAGUGAAACUUCAACCCAGCAUGUUAUCGUGAUAGAGUCUGUGGAUGCAGAGGCUACAGGUCCUGGGGUCAAACAGGAGAGGUCUGAAGGAGAGGAAGACCUACAGCACAGCAGAGACAUCCAGGCUGGAGCACCCCCUGUAGCCACAGAGGACCCCGCCCCAGCGCAGCCCAGGACCCGACACAGCAUCAGUGGACUGCAGAACGCUGUCCUCAAGUCAGAGUCCGGCACCGAGACUUUAACUGUAACACACAGGUUCUUACACACAGGAUCUGACCACAGAUUAGACCCAGAGAGACUAGGGCCACUGGCCUGUCCUCCUGCUCCCGGCUCAGAAUAUUUACCAGUAUUUCACCAGAGCCAGAGGACGGUUAAUUCCUGUGGGGAUGUUGAGGGUGAUGCAUUAGACACUGGCAGUGAUGAUCCAUCUUGUUCUUACACUACAGAAAUAGAUCCUGGCAAAAUGCCCUUGGGUUUAGAAACACAGACUGAUCUGUCUAGAGGUGACUGGAACCGGUACAGUAAUAGGUUAUACUCUGAAGGGUGCCUAGAUAAGAAAGGGGAGGUUAUAAUGGUAGAUGAGGUGAAAGUGGAGGGCGACUCUCCUCCCACAUGGAAUGCAGAUAGUCACCUAGGAGACAGACACUCACAGGGCAGAGAUUUCUUAAAUUACAGGGGAAGCUUAGAGACAAAUCUAAAUGUCGCCACCCACUCCUCUUUACAUGCGUUCAGGGGUCGUGACCCAGUGUUCACGUCGAUGGCACCUUCCGAUUCACAUAGCGACGUCCUUUUCGAUCAGUUAUUGAACUCAAACAACACGGCUAGAGCCCAGGCUCAGGGGGAAGGAGCCACAUCAGGCAAUAGUAAAGAGAAAAGAUUCCUCUGCAUGUUCUGUCACAAAGGCUUCAGCUGUCCCCAGAAGGUGGAGAGGCACCAGAGGGUCCACACAGGGGAGAAACCCUUCAGCUGUACCCAGUGUGAGAAGAGGUUCUCCCGCCAGGACAACCUAAAGAUGCACCAGAGGGUUCAUACAGGGGAGAAACCCUUCAGCUGUACCCAGUGUCACAUGCGCUUUGCCCUGGCAGGCAACCUGAAGAUGCACUUGAAGGUCCACACGGGAGAAAGGCCAUUCGCCUGUACGCACUGCGGGAAGAGGUUCUCAGAGAGGAGAUACCUCAGGAUACACCAGCAGAAAAACCAUGCCAUUCUAUGAUAUAGAAAGUAACCAUUCCACUCGAUAGCUUCUGACGUUUAGAUCAAACCCUGCAUUAAAGACAAAGAUGAAUUUGUCAGCAGAAUAGAUCCACUGAUUACUUUUGACUUAUCAUGGCUGCCUUUUUUCAGUAUAGGACUCAAAUGUAAUGGGGAUGGGUAAACUCUCCAUGUUGAUAGUGUGUUAUCUGUGUGUUCAUAUAUGUCUGUGUCCUCGGUAUCACCUCUCUUCCAGGAGGAGAAUCCAGAGUGUCGAUUUAUAUAUUACACUAGAUGACUGAUAAGGGGCUCUGUUUUGAAACCGCACCUCCAUCUUGGCACUCCCCCACCCAUGUAAAAAAUAUUUUGGAAGCUCCAGAAAUGCAUUUAUUAAUGUCUACAUUUGUUUUUGCCAUUUUUAUUAUAUUACAGACAUCUUAAUGCAUACUUUAAAUUAUAUUAUGUAAGCUAAACAAUUUUUUUGAAAGGAAAAUGAAAAAAAAUUAUACUUAAGGAAAAUGUUAAGGUUCUAAUAUUACUGUCCCUACUAGGAAAAUAAAUACUUAAAGCUGCAAUAUGUAACUUUUUGGUGACCUGACCAAAUUCACAUAGAAAUGUGAGUUAUAGAUCUGUCAUUCUGAUUGAAAUCAAGUCUAAGUCUAA